ACACCCCCUGUGCUACUUCACCGCCAAAUUUUCAAACACAAUCAAUUAGUAAUUUAUAUCUACAGCUCAACGGCAACGCAUCUUGUCCUGCGCUUUUUGCUUAUCUGUGAUUAUAAACUAGGUUUCUGACUUCUCUUUGCUUAUAUAGCUGAUUAUUCAGGGAAAAAAUCAUGAGUGAGGCAAGUAGAUUUAAAAGGCCGAGGGAGAGUGAUGAAACUGGAAAUGAAGGAGAUGCGAACAUGAAGAACUUGAACAAUUUACCUGAUCAUGUUCUUGUAGACAUUAUAUCCCGACUCAAAAUGAAAGAAGCCAUCAGAACUAGUGUUCUGUCCAAAAGAUGGGAAUAUCUUUGGACAUCCAAAUCUGAUUUUGAGUUCAAGGAAGGAUGUAAUGACAAGAGAUAUUUCAAGUCUAUUGUGGACGGAGCUCUCGCGUCUCAUAAUUCUUCUAGCAUAAAUGAAUUCCGUCUCUCUUGUAAAGUCAGGCGUGAUGGUUCCCACAUUAAGACAUGGGUAUGUGCUGCAGUGAAGAGGAAUGUUCAUUUGGUCCACAUUACACUUAAUAGUGGUCUUGUCUUGCCUUCUUGCUUGCUCACUUGUGCGACGUUGACAUCAUUAUGUUUAAACUUACGCAGCACUUUGAGUGUUCCUACUUCAGUUUGUUUGUCUGCUCUCAAGUUCUUGGAUCUUGCCUGUGUUAAAUUUUCAGUUGAUAAUUCCAUACAGAAGCUAUUGUCCGGUUGUCCGGUUCUGGAGAAGCUGGAAUUUUGCGAAUGCAAUUGGACAAAGCUCUCUUCUUUGAGCAUCUCUGCCCCCAUGCUCCAGAGCUUAGAAAUUAUCGAGUAUACAUUCUUUGGAUUUGGAUCAAAUCCAAGCAAUAUAGAUGGUUGUCAAGUUGCAAUUUUUGGAACUAAUAACUUAAAGUCCUUUACUUAUUGUGGUGCUCUAGAAAAUGAGUAUUGUAUUUAUAACUCACCCGCAAUAGAAAAUGUUCACCUAGAUGUUGCUUACAAUGGUGGAAGAGGAAAUUUUUUUGCCCAUAAAGCAUAUAAGCUCAUGAAUGGACUGGCUAAUGCUGAGAAACUAAUUCUUAUAGAUGAAAUCAUGAAGAUUCUCUCUGAUGCAGAAGAACUCCUUCCCUAUAUCCCUAUGUUCCAGCGUUUAGCUCAUUUGCAGUUGGAAAUUCGAUCAGUGAAUUUAGAUUGUAAACCUCUAUUGAAGUUGCUGCGAUGCUCUCAUUAUCUCAAGACCCUUGAUUUUAAUGAGGGAAUAAGUCUUCUGUCAGAUUUCUCGAAAAAUGACGAUCUAAUGAACCCAGUGCCGCAUUGUCUAUUGAAUGAGGUGAAGAGCAUUACGAUUGAAAAAUUCUCUGGAAAUGAGAAAGCAUUGCAGGCAGUGGAGCUUUUGUUGAAGAAUGCAUUAGUGUUGGAGAAUAUGACCAUCACUUGCAUUGCGAAUUCAGGGCGUCUGCAUAGGAAGGUGACCAAACUGUCAAAGAGAUUUCCAAAAGGGUCAGAAAGUUGUAAGGUAAUCGUUUAUUCAGACGUUUAUUAAAUCCGUUAGAUCUUUAAGAAUGGUAGAAUAAUCUCUCAUUUCAGAAACAGAACCAUUUUGAGGCUGAAAUGCCUGGGUUUGCUUGUAAUUUCUAUCAAUAACAUGGUAGAGUUCUUUUGCUAAAACCUGUCUUUUUGUUAAGUGAAGGCAAUUAGUAUUGUGUAGUUUAGAGACUGUUUCUAA